GGUGAGAGACAGAAGCCUUGCAUUUAAAGGAUGCAGAGAGACGCUCGUUUGGCGCGGUUCUCGACGAAAAUGGAACUUGGCUGGAAGCUGCGGUCCCGCGCGAGGUUCUAAGCACUUCCUGCUCCGGAGUCGCUGCAGAAGACACUGAAAGACAGGACUGACUCGCCGCGCAUUCUCUCUCCAGUUUCGCUCUCUUCUCUGCGACCUCUUGUCUCUUUAGAGGGAACCUUCUCAAGCAAAGAAUCCGGACAAUCGAGAAGCAGACGCGCCGCUCUUCCCUGGCGACUCCCAGCCGUCCGAGACGCUCUCGACGCACACAGGCAUACUUCUUCGUUCGGCCUGCUGUACGGAAACCUCUCUUCUUGUCUUUGUUUUCUCUGGAAAACGCGCGGCUUCGCCUCCUUGCUCUCUUCCGCGGAAAGCCUCCUCUCUCUUUUCUGAAGGCUGCGGCAGUCUCCUUGCUCUCCCUGUGGUGCGAAGGUCUCGCCUGUUUCUCGAUUGGGUUGCACUUCGAUAUUCAUCUCUUUUUCUGAAGGUUCGUCCAAGUUCAAAGCUCUCUCUCUUGUUUUUUCCAUCGCUUUCUGUUCUUGCUUCACUCCUGUGCAGCGAUCUCCUCUCUCUCCUCUGUUCUCCGAGCUUCUCUCGUGUCAUCUUCCCUCCUGUCUUCGUCUCGCCUCGAAGAGCCCCCCCUCCGUCCUUUCUUUUUCGUCCUUUCUUUUUGUCCUUUCUUUUUCCUUCUUCGUCGUUCCUUCCUUUCCUUUCUCCGUCUCUGUCUAUCUUUUGCCUCUCUCGCUUUCCCUACUUCUCUCGCUUGUUCUUCCAGUUCUUCCUUGCGCGCUCUCUCUUCCUCGCUUCCCCGACUUCUUUCUUCCUUGCGCUCUCCUUCUCCUCCUUCUCUCCCUGUGCUGUACCAUGUCAACCUCGUCUCCGGUUCGCUGUUUCUCUGAACCUCUGGCGCCGCCUUCUGGAUCUGCUGGAGAGGCGUUCGCUUCUUCUUUCUUCGAGAGCCGAGACACCGAGGCUGUCUCCUCUCUCGGCGAAGACAAGAGCGACCGGCCCCCCCAGCAGCCAGGCUCUGAGGCGAACGGCGUCAUUCGCGGCCUUCCCUCAACGUCUGCACAUCCUUCCUGUCUCUCUCGCUCCUCGGAAAACGACGCCGAGUCGAAUCUGGCCUCUUCUCAGCUCAGAAGACACACGCCGAGGCUCUCCGACGAAGAAGUAAACCAAACACCGUCUGCUCAGAACGGGUCAACCUCCCAGUCUUCUCUUUCUUCUUCUUCUCUUUCUUCUUCUUCUGGUUCUUCUUCUUCUGGUUCUUCUUCUGGUUCUUCUGGUUCUUCUUCUUCUGGUUCUUCUUCUCUUACGUCUCCUUCUGGAACUCGUCCUUCCGAUUAUCCGCCGCCAGGCCUCGCGAAAACGUUUCAUGCCGCUUCUCCUUCUCUGGACGAAAUCCGCGCUCGGCUUCGCCCUCAAGCCUCUUCACACCCGUACGCGGCAACCGGAACUGCUCGUCCACCCUCUCAAAAACCUCCCUCCACCUUUUCGUCGUCUUUCUCUUCCCUCUCUUCUUCCUUCUCUUCCUUCUCUUCUUCCUCUUCCUUUUCUUCUUGUUCUUCUCCUUUCCCCGCGUCUCCCUCCUUCCAGCCGUCGCUCGGGGGCUCUCCAGGAGAUGCGCCUCUCUCGUCUCCUCUGACGCCGACGCGGAGCGUUUUUGCGCGAAGUCGUAGCGGCUUGGGGACGCGGCUGCUGUCCGGGGGAGGCGUCUCUGCUUCCCAGACUGCACCUGCCUCUUUCCUCGAGUACCUGAAGAAGCCGGUCUCGCGCUCGCGUUCCGGAUUCCAGGAAAGCGGUUCUGAAACAGGGCACGCUCUCUCUCCAAGCAACGCCGUCGCGGCUUCGCUGCCUUCUCUCCUCUGCUCGCAGACGCGGACGCAAACGGAUGGGGAGAGAGACGGCCUCCAGGCGGACGCAAACGGCGUUGCCGAACAGGCAGAGCAGCAGAGGAAGCAGCGCCGUGGGUGUACAGACACUGCAGAUGCCCCAUCUGCCGGCCAACAGAGAGACGAAGAAGAGCGGAGCUCGGAGGAUGCCGCAGCGCUCUUCGACAAAGGCGGCGCGUCCAGAGAGACAGAACGAAGGACCGGGAACUUCGAGACCCAGUGGCCCGGCGCCCGGCGCCUCUCCUCCUUCUCCUUGAAACCCAGCGAGCUGGUUGACGAGAAGAGAGACUUCGCCAUCGUCGCGCAGGAACUCCUGGCGUAUCUGGAAGUCGUUGAAAAGUUCAGACAACGCGCAGUGGAGGAGGCGAGUCGCCUGCGACGGUACAGUGCAGAGCUAGGUGCGAUGCUGCAGCAGGCGAAUCAGCGCGAAGAACAGAGUCACCGAGAACUUGCUCGCCAGCACAAAGUCUUGACUUCUUGCCAGGCGCGGAUCCAGACGCUCCGAGCCGACUCCGAGACGGCCAUCAACGACCUCACGUUGCAGAGAGAUACACUCGCGGAGCGCCUUCGCGUGACUUCCGUGGAACUCGAGCAUGCACUGAAGGAAAACGAGCGCAUGCGGCUGGAGCGCGAUGCCCAGGAGAUCUCUGUCCGAGACUGCCGGAACAUUCGCAAGGCCUAUGUUCUCGUUGAACAGGAGAAGAAGCACCUGCAGAAAGAGGUGGAGGCUCUGCACCUGGAGUGCUCGAAGAGUCAAAGCGAACGGAACACGCUGCUGGCUGAGAUGCACCAUUUGCAGAGUCAGUUGGGGAAUAUCGAAGAAACUGUGUCGCGGAGUUACUUUCCUUCACUGGAAGCGUCGGCCUCCUCAUCUGCCUUGGGCCGCCCAGCUCAGCCCGCGAACGGCCUCUCCGGUGCAUGCGUUUCGAGCGCAGCAGAGGAGAAGGCAUCGCUCGAGACGACUGCAGGCGCGGACGGAGAAGCCGCGCAGAGCGGCGCCCAGACGCGGGCGCAGGUACACACGCGACGCAUGCAGGCUGAUGGGGGACAUGCCGAGGACUCUGUGGAGCCUGACGACGAAGUCGAGGGCCUUCUCCGAGACCUUCUUGCGCGACUGCAUGCGCCCUUAGGAGAGAGAGGCGAAUCGGAAGCAGAGACACAAGACAAAUCUGCGAAACUCUUGUAUCUCGUCCGGAAACUGCGGUCGGAGCGGAACGAGUACUACGGAUACGCUGUCGAACUGCUGAAUCGCCUGGACGCAGAAAAAGGUGAAGCGGAAGUCGAGGGUGGCGCCUCUGGGCUGCCAGACGCUGCGCCGACAGGCGUCUCCUGUCUAGACACGCAGCGCGGCGAGUUACAACUGGAUCUGUGAAGAAGAGAAAAGGCAAAGAAACGAGGGGACGCCCGCGGAGCAGAAGCGGAGAAACAGAGAGCUUGUGCAAAAAAGAGGAUAGAAGGAGGGGAAGAGAACGUCGGGGAGAAGAGAAGAACGCGAAAGCGACGGCAGAGAAGCAGCACUGAAGACAGCCGAAGAUGGAGGGAGCGAGUGUGAUACGAGGUUCAUGCAGCAGAUGAAGAGAGUGGAGCGCAGGCGAGGCAGCAGACGCGAGGAGAGAGAGGCGCUGACAGAGAGAGGGAUGUCGCAGCGAAGACGAGAGUGGCGACAGCUGCGGAAGAGAGGGAGAAGCGGACAUGCACAGACAGGAACGUCGCGGUGAGUUAGCGCGACAGAGAAGAGACAGGAGAGGCAGUAGAGCGAGAAAAAGGAGAGCUAGAGGGGAGACAGAGGAG